GCGAAGGGGAGGAGGUACGGAGAUGAAAAUAGACUCUAUAAACUGUAGCAAAAGUUGCUGAAGGAUUUUAAAACAACACAGAGAGAUUAACAUCGCAUUUAAAAAAGAUUUAAGGAUGAACUGUUCACAUCCGGUGACGUCAGAUCUCACGCCAGACGAGAAGUCAGAGCUUGACACCAUUAGCAUGCAUAAGAAAACUCUCAUGAAAGACAUACAGGAACUGAAGAUGAAAAUAGACAACGUGAUCUUGGAAAUUGAAGAUUUUGAGCAAUCGCAAGAAAACAAAAAUGUUGAAAAAGGGAAACAGUUAUCUGUUGGGAAGAAAAAAUUUAACAUGGACCCAAAAAAGGGAAUGAAGUAUUUGAUCAGUAAUAAUCUUUUGGUUUGGGAACCCAAGCCUGUGGCUGAAUUUCUUUACAAGGAAGAAGGACUCAAUAAGACAGCUAUUGGUGACUUCCUAGGAGAACGGGAUGACAUGUACAUCCAGAUUUUGAAGGCUUUUGUGGAACUUCAUGAAUUUUCGGAUCUCAAUCUUGUCCAGGCUUUGAGGCAGUUUCUGUGGAGUUUCCGGCUGCCAGGAGAGGCACAGAAGAUUGAUCGGAUGAUGGAAAAUUUCGCUAGCCGAUACUGUGACUGCAAUCCCAACGUCUUUCAAUCCACAGACACCUGCUAUAUCUUAUCCUUCGCCAUCAUCAUGCUGAACACCAGUCUGCACAACCCCAACGUGAAGGACAAACCUGGCCUGGACAGAUUCAUCUCCAUGAACAGAGGCAUCAACAACGGGGGGGACCUGCCCCACGACCUCCUCCACAAACUGUUCGAAAGCAUCCGGAACGAACCGUUUAAAAUCCCGGAGGAUGAUGGGAAUGACGUCACGCACACGUUUUUUAACCCCGAACGGGAGGGCUGGCUAAUGAAACUGGGUGGAAGAGUAAAGACCUGGAAAAGAAGAUGGUUCAUUUUAACUGAUAGCUGCCUCUAUUACUUUGAAUACACAACAGAUAAAGAACCCAGAGGGAUUAUUCCUCUUGAGAAUCUCUGUGUUAAAGAGGUAGAGGACCCUCGGAAAUCACACUGCCUGGAGUUGUUCAACCCGAACAGCAGGGGGCAGAAGAUCAAGGCGUGCAAGACUGAGACGGACGGAAGGGUGGUUGAGGGGAAGCAUCAGUCCUACAAGAUCUCAGCGUCGAGCGCGGAGGAGAGGGAGCAGUGGAUCAAGUCUAUCAGAGCUAGCAUUACAAAACACCCCUUCUAUGAUCUGGUGUCAGUUCGGAAGAGGAAAGUGAUUAGCAACGGGACAUCGGAGUGACUCUGCCUGCCAGCCUCCUUCAGCAGGAUCCACAGCUGAUGGGCAUCGCUGUCUGCCAUGCGGAUCUGUGCAAUACAUUUAGGGGUUCUGAGACCCCCCGCUAUACAAAGAAAAUGGAAAUCUGUGCAUCUGUGCCAGAGACUGUGGCUGCAUUUGUUCACUUUACCCCUUUCCCUGCUUUUAAAAAAAAAAUCAAACACAGUAAAUAUAUAUAUAUAUCAAAUGUCCCGCCUUUGUGACUGGUAUCGAUCCUUGAUUCGUUCUAAACACUUUCGACCCGCCCCCCCAGACGACUGAGUGACAGCGAGUCCCGGCAUCUCUAUUGGAUGUAAAACGAGGGUUAAAACGAGGCAACAGUUAAGAGGUUUGUUCGCGGGUUCAGACACGGAGGAUUUAAAACAGAAUUGAAAAUUGAGGCGAAAUAUACAUUUCAUACAGUAUAUGAUAUUGAUGCGAUCCAGCCCUCUGAAAUGUCUUUAUAAUAUACAGCGCUAGACCCUGAUAUUGAUGCGAUCCAGCCCUCUGAAAUGUCUUUAUAAUAUACAGCGCUAGACCCUGAUAUU